AUGUGCAAGGAGAAUUCGAAAAGGUAUGUCAAAUACUUGACCAAGCUUGCUCGUUUCCAUCAUACACUUGCAGGCUUAUUGAAAGGUAAACACGAUAAAGCUGUGGUGAAAACGGCUAGAGACAUUAUAGCUAGUAUGAAGAGAGAUUGGAUGCAGGUUGAUGAGCUCAGUGAAAGAAAGAGGUUCAUAAAUUUUUCUGGUGGACUUGUUGGUGGGUCGGAUCCUCCUGCUUUCCAGCGAGCAGAGAAAGAGAGAAAAGAGAAAGCAGCUAGAGAAGAAAACGAGGGAGUAAUUGGUAGAUUAAACCACGAUGAACAACUAAACGUAAGUUUAGUUCGAGAGAGACCCAGACUAUUGACUCUGAACAAAAGAGAAAAACGAUGGCCGGAUGGUGAUGAUUGGCAUUAUACUGAAGCUUCUGAUAAAUCAGGAAACUUAUCUGACCUCGAUGAUUCUGAGAAGCAAGCAGAUAAGGAAGCGGAAGUUAUGGCUUUAAACGCGAGCAAUGCUAAUCUUCCAGAUUAUGCAAGAAAGCUUGUGGAAGCUUCUAAAGCUGCUGUGACAAAAUCAAGAAAGGAAACGCAACAAAAACGUGUUGAGGAAGCGAAGAACGCGCCUCCUCCAGCCACGGCCAUGGAAGCUGUUUGCAGAACGCUUGAGAAAAAGAGACUUAGUGAGUUAAUCAAGUACGAUGUUUUGAGGAACUCUUUGAUACAUCAGUAA